UUCUGUGAUUGAUUGAUGAUUGCAAUUUUCUUCGGUUUUUCGGAAUAUUCAAAUCGUGUGUUUCAUUGUCUACCAAAUUGUUACAGCAAAAUGUUUUUGUUAUCGAAGAUUGUUGCUACAUUUAUCUGGUUAAUCGUAAUUGCUUUCGACCAUUGUGAUUGCGGCCCAUCUUACACCUAUGAUCCCGCUUUAGCAAACGAACUAAAAAGUUUAUUGCAAACAAAUCCGAAUGAUUUGAACAUUUUUUUUCGUUGGGCUUACACCGUUCAAGAGAAAAAAACAACCGAUGUCUUGUUUGAAUUACGAUGCGACCUGUACAAACUACGCGUCCUCUAUCAUCAUCCAGAAUCUCGAAUUAUCUUAAAAAAAUUACCAAGUAGUAGAACAAAAAGUUUGUUGCAACGAAAUUCCUUGCAUUCAAAUUUUUCCACACAAAUUUAUUUUUAUCGACGAUCUGAUGAUUGUUUUGAAAUCGCUCAUUUCAUCAUACCAAUGCGUGAAUUAGAUCGAAUUGGACGACCUCAUGGUUUUUUCGAGAUAGUUCGAAAUCGAAAAUUUUACAUUGAAUUCAGCGAUUCCAAUUAUGGACCUAAAACUGCCAAUUUUCGUUGUUCAUAUCAAAAUUCAACCAUUUCGACGACCACGACUACGACUACAACUGCCUCACCUACAAAGACAAUUCUUCUAAAAUCUCAAGCAGCGGUAACAACUCAAACCAAAAGUCAAAACUCACGGCAAUAUGAAUUUUUGAAUCAUAUUAAUUCAAUUUUAGCUGAACAUACGAAAAUUCUGACUGAACAACGGCAACGAAUCGUUAUGUUAGAAGAACAAUUGUCAAAAUGUUGUCGAACAACGUGUGAUAACUUCAGUGUUUCUAUACACCACUGCAAUGACCACCAUAAUCAUCAUCAUCAACAUCAAACAUCAAAUGGAAAUUGUACAAACAUCGAACAGCCAAUACGACCUAAACAAACUUGUGCUCAUAAUCCAUGUUUUCAAGAUGUUCAUUGCUAUGACGAUCCUAUUACUGGAUUCCGUUGUGGGCCUUGUCCUACUGGCUUCAAUGGUGAUGGAAUACGAUGUGAAGAUAUUGAUGAAUGUCGUUACUAUAAUCCAUGUGAUCCGAUGGUAUCAUGUGUGAAUAUUGCUCCUGGAUUCUAUUGUGAAGAAUGCCCGAGAGGAUUUCGUAGCACAUUAAUUCGCGGUAUAGGUCUUGAACAGGCACAAAAAUUGCGACAAAUUUGUCAGGACAUUGAUGAAUGUCAAGAUGGUCGUAAUGGUGGCUGUGUAACGAAUUCCUAUUGCAUUAACACAGCAGGUUCUUACACUUGUGGCGAUUGUGUGGAUGGAUAUCAAGGAAAUCAAACUGUUGGUUGUCAUGAAAAAUCAAUGUCAACUGUAAUCUGUCCAGAUGGUUGUAUUUGUCAUCAAGACGCCUAUUGUGUUAAACGUAAAGGAAUGAUUAAAUAUGAAUGUCAGUGCAAAAUUGGCUGGGCUGGAGAUGGAAAACUAUGUAAUCUAGAUGGCGAUCUUGAUGGUUGGCCUGAUUUCGAUCUCGGUUGUGCCGAUGUAAGAUGUCGAGCAGAUAAUUGCCCUCAAAUACCAAAUAGCGGACAAGAAGAUACAGAUCAUGACGGUCUCGGAGAUGCGUGUGAUCCGGAUGCAGAUAAUGAUGGCAUAACAAAUUUCAAUGAUAACUGUCCAUUGGUUUACAAUCAUGAUCAACGCGAUAGUGAUUAUCGCAAUCAAUCCGCUGCCGAUAAAUAUGGUGAUGCAUGUGACAAUUGUCCAACGGUUCCGAAUCCCAAUCAAAUGGAUUCAGAUAAUGACGGCGUUGGUGAUGCAUGCGACGAUGAUGCCGAUAAUGAUGGCAUCCCAAAUGCAACGGAUAAUUGUCCAUAUGUUGCUAAUACCGACCAGAAGGAUCAAGAUCGUGAUCGUAUCGGAGACAUUUGCGAUAAUUGCCCUACCGUUUAUAAUCCUGAUCAAUUGGAUGCUGAUAAAGAUUUUGUUGGUGAUGCCUGUGACACUAAUAAUGAUAGAGAUUUGGACGGUAUUCAAGAUAAUCGAGAUAAUUGUCCAGAAAUCGCCAAUGCUGAUCAAUUGGAUUCCGAUGAUGAUGGUCUUGGUGAUGCAUGUGAUUUCGAUAAAGACAAUGAUGGAGUAUUUGAUCAUGAGGAUAAUUGCCCAUUAGUAUAUAAUCCUGAUCAAAAAGAUACCAAUCAUACAAGCGUUGGUGAUGCUUGUCGUGGCGAUUUUGAUGGUGAUGGUGUACCCGACAUAUUGGACGUUUGUCCAGAUAAUCGUAAAAUUUAUUCCACAGAUUUUCGAUCCUAUCAGAUGAUUGCAUUGGAUCCAAAAGGCACAUCUCAAGAUGAUCCCGAAUGGAUCAUUUUCAACAAAGGUGCUGAAAUAUUACAGACAAAAAAUAGUGAUCCAGGUUUGGCAGUCGGAUUCCAUUCAUUCGGUGGUGUAGAUUUUGAAGGUACCUUGUAUAUUGAUGAAGUUGAAGAUAACGAUUAUGUAGGAUUUGUAUUCAGCUAUCAAGAUAAUUCUCAUUUCUAUGUAAUGAUGUGGAAAAAAGCCGAACAAUUGUAUUGGGAAUCUAAACCAAUGCGAGCGUUCGCUGAACCUGGUAUUCAAUUGAAAUUAGUUCAUUCACCAUCAGGGCCAGGUGAAUAUCUAAGAAAUGCCUUAUGGAAUACGGAUUCAACUCACGGUCAUGUAAAACUUUUAUGGAAAGAUCCAAGAAAUAUUGGUUGGCGAGAACGUACUCCAUAUAGGUGGUUACUAUUACACCGGCCAAAAAUUGGCCUUAUAAGAUUGCGUGUUUUCGAAAAGGAACGUCUUGUUGCCGAUUCUGGCAAUAUAUUUGAUGUUUCUCUGAAAGGUGGCCGAUUAGGUGUGUUUGUAUUCUCACAAAAAGCGGUCAUUUGGUCGAAUCUAGUGUAUCGAUGCAAUGAAGCUAUCCCAGAAUUAAUUUACGAUCGAUUACCAAGAGAAUAUCAACGGCAAGUAGAAAUCGAUCAAAGUCGUACGUCCAUCAUGAUACAAGAAGAUAUUAUUGGCAAUCAUAUUUAAAUCGACAUUCGAUCAAAUGAAUAUUUUUAAAAAUAUCAAAGCGAUUUUCAUAAAGUUUUAAACAAUUUAACUGGAGCAGCUUGUAUUUCAACUA